UGUCAAAUGAUGUUCUAAUUAAAAAUAAUUCUGAUUUUAAAUAUUUGUUUGUUACAAAAUUACAUUAGUUGAUAAUAUAGGUAUAAUAUGCUGAGAACUGAAACACAUCCUACAGAAUUACAGUUGAUUAUUCAAGAAAUCGAAAAUAUUGAUAGACAUAUUGACGAUGCUCAAAAGUAUGUUACGUGGAAUUCGAAAGAUAUUGCUUAUUUAAGUGAAAAAGAUUUGAACGAAGAAACAGAAAAUGAUGAGUCUAUGUCACCAAUUUCGUUACAAAGUACAAUUAGCACUAUACACAGAUUAACUAAAAACGUUUACGAGCGUGUAAUGCAAACCCACGACAAUUUUCAAAAAAUAAUUACUCUAAGUAGUCAAUGGAUUAAUAAGCCAAUGUAUGUGCGUGAUAAGAAUACGAAACGUAUAACAUUUGGCAAUAAGUUGACGGAAAAGAAAAUCGCUAGGUACGCCGAAGUGCGAGACGCUAGUAUUAAGAUACAACAAUUGCUCAUCGAAGAUCUUUUAUUAUUUCACAACGUACCAUUAUUGGAUCCAAAUUUUAGAAAAAUAUUAGCGGAAGAAAAACAUGAAGAAGAAAUAAUAGACAACAUAGAAAUUCAGACAGAGACUGUCUUAGAAGAAAUGUUAGAUGAAGACAACAGUUAUGGAGAAGAAAUAAUUGAUGACGUAGAAAAUCACUCGGAUACUAUUUUAGAAGAAUUUAUUGAAGGAGAAGCAGAAGGGGAAUAUUACGGAGAACAAAAAUUAGAUUACAUAUAUAUUCAGGCAGAAAUUAUUUUAUCGAACAUCGACAGAAAGUUAAUGUGGGAUAAAUAUAAAUACUUUGUUGAUGAAAUAGUAUUUACUGGGUUACAAGAUGCGACUCUUUGCAGUCUAAAAUAUAUCAACGAUGAAAUUACAAUUCCAAAUGGAACUUUAGCAAUAUUUAUUGUCGUGUAUCUUCUCGAUAACGAUAAUUUUCCCCGUUUUUCACCUAAUCUGGAAAUCGAUGAUGAACCAAAUUUCUAUGGAUUAGUUACUUCUUUACUUGAAGAUAUGGUUGAAAUGGGAUCGUACAUGGAAAGAAUUGCUGAUAACUAUUCACCAUAUAAUGUAGAUAUUAGGAAUGUUCAAAAAGUGGUAGAAUAUAUAGAUAACAUUCUUGAUCAAGUAAAAAUUACAACCAAUAAAGCUCUUGAAUAUAUUGUGCAGUACCAAGACUAUUCUAUGGUAUGGCUAACCAAUCAAAAUGAUGCAUUGUCAGCUUUUCUAUUAUAUGGCAGAGAUCUAUCAAUGGAAGAACUAGAAAUCCAAUAUGACGUUGACGAAGAUGGAAAUCCGUUAGUACUGCAUUCUUCUCCAAAACUGAUUGAUUUUCAAAACAAAAUUAACUCGUUUGAUAAUAUUUAUCGAGUAGUUGAUAAAAUAGAUGAAACCAUGACAUUUGAUUUUUGGUUAACUAUAGACAUUAAACCGUUUAAAAGGGAUCUUUUAAAACUAAUUACGAGUUGGUCAGAUUUAUUUAAAACCUAUUUGGUCAACAAAGUGGUGAACAGUUUGCGUUCAUUACGAGAUUUCACAGUAGAAACCGAUAUCGGUCUUUUAAAACCAUUAGAAGAAGGGGACUAUGAAGGUCUAGUUAAAAUCAUGGGACAUUUAUUUAAUGUUCGAGAGAGGCAAGACGAAUAUGAUUCAAUGUUUGAGCCUAUAGGAGAAAUAUUACAUCUACUGAAGGCGUAUGACGUAGAAAUGCCGGAAGAUGUGUACAUUUUGAAGCAGGAAUUACCGGAAAAAUGGAGUACAACUAAGAAAAAUGCUUUGAACGUCAAAUCUCAAGUAAUUCCUUUAAUUCAAAUAGAAGGAUCAAUUAUAAUAGGGAGAAUAAUUUUGUUAAAUGUGCGUGAAACGUUUUACAAAAUGAACUUUCUAAAACAGCCUCAAUUUAAUGCAAAUUGUGAAAAUCCUUACAUAGAGAUUGAUAAUGCAAAUCAUUCUUUAAUGGAAUUAGAAGACUUGCACGAUAAAUUACUCUCUCAAGCUGUAUUAUUCGAAAUACCACAACCAGAACCAAAUAUUUUAUUAACAACUAAAAAAACGUUACGUCUCAAUAAACAGCUGUGGGAUUUUGUGAACCUAGUCAGAGGUUGGAUAGAUGUGUGGAAAUCUACAUUGUGGAAUAAUGUAGACACCGAGUACAUGGACAUGGAACUUAAACGGUUUGCAAAAGAAUUAAAAGUAAUGGAUAAAAUUAUUCGCGAUUGGUCAGUAUAUGUAUACAUCGAAGACUUGAUAAAAACCAUGAUGACGUCUUUGAGAGCAUUAAGUGAAUUACAAAACCCAGCAAUGAAAGAACGCCAUUGGGCAGAACUUAUGAAUGUUACAAAUGUUAUUUUUUCUAUUGAGAAAUCAACAACACUAAAUGAUUUAUUAUCACUUAAUUUGCAUGUGUAUGAAGAUGAUAUAAAAAAUAUUGUCGAUAAGUCUGUAAAAGAAAUGAGUAUGGAGAAGUCCUUGAAAGAAUUUACUGAAACUUGGAAUACAAUGGAAUUUGAGUAUCAGCCACAUCCUAGGACAAAAGUUAAUUUGCUUAAAGUCAGGGAAGAAAUAAUAGAAGUCUUAGAAGACAAUCAAGUCCAAUUACAAAAUAUGCUAAGCUCUAAGUUUGUUGGAUAUUUUUAUAAUGAAGUGUCCAGUUGGCAAACAAAGUUAAACACAGCUGAUCGAGUAAUAAAUUUAUGGUUGGAAGUACAAAGAAUAUGGGCUUAUCUGGAAGCAAUAUUUAUUGGUUCUGGUGACAUACGGGUACAAUUACCAGAGGAUACGAGGCGAUUUGAAUUACUCGACAAAGAAUUUAAGGCACUACUAGUGGAUAUUAGAGAAAAUCCAAACGUUAUAAAAGGUACUAGUAAACCUGGAUUGUACAAUAAUCUUGUUAAUAUUCAAAAUGAGCUGUUUAAAUGUGAAAAAGUGUUGGCACAAUACUUGGAAACAAAACGUUUAACUUAUCCAAGGUUUUAUUUUAUAUCAUCGGCCGAUUUAUUAGAUAUACUAUCAAAUGGAAAUAAUCCGGAGUCUGUUUGCAAACAUUUGAUGAAGCUAUAUGACUCGAUGGCAAAAAUAAAGUUUAUUAAAGAUAAAUUAGGGGUUGGCAUGUAUGCCAAGGAUGGUGAAUACGUCGAGUUUGACGGAAAUUGUGAAUGUUCCGGACAAGUCGAAAAAUGGCUAAACAAAUUGACGGAUAUAAUGCGUUCAUCAGGUCGUCAGUACUUUAGCAAAGCAGUAAAAUCCUAUGACGAGAAACCAAGAAGGUUAUGGAUAUUUGAUUACCCGGCUCAGGCAGCUCUAUGUGGAGUUCAAAUAUGGUGGACUGCUGAAACCAACGAUGCCUUCGCUCAGCUGGAAAUAGGUCAUGAAAACGCGCUAAAAGAAUAUAACAAAAAACAAAUAAUGCAGUUGAACGAACUUAUCGAUUUACUAUUGGAAGACUUGACCAAAGGAGACCGACAAAAAGUGAACACAAUUUGUACUAUUGACGUGCAUUGCCGGGACGUAGUGGCAAAAAUGAUUCAACAGAAAAUUGAAACUGGUUCUGCUUUUCAGUGGCAGUGUCAACUGAGACACAGGUGGGAUUUAAAAGACUCAGAUUGUUUUGCCAACAUUUGUGAUGCUCAAUUUCGGUAUUGGUACGAAUACUUGGGAAAUACUCCUAGAUUGGUCGUGACCCCCUUGACAGAUAGAUGUUAUAUAACAUUAACACAGUCGUUACAUUUAAUAAUGGGUGGCGCUCCUGCUGGACCAGCCGGUACCGGAAAAACUGAGACAACCAAAGACUUAGGAAAAGCUAUAGGAAUGAUGGUCUACGUUUUCAAUUGCUCCGAACAAAUGGAUUUUAGAUCAUGUGGUAAUAUAUAUAAAGGACUUGCUCAAACUGGUGCUUGGGGAUGUUUUGAUGAAUUCAAUAGAAUAUCCGUAGAAGUAUUGUCCGUGGUGGCAACUCAAGUUAAAUCUGUAUUAGACUCCAUUAAAGCGAAAAAGAACACAUGUUUUCUGUUGGGUGAUAAUGUUAAUCUAAUUCCAACCAUUGGCAUGUUUAUUACGAUGAACCCCGGAUACGCGGGAAGAGCAGAACUUCCUGAAAAUCUUAAGGCGUUGUUCAGGCCUUGUGCUAUGGUGGUACCAGAUUUUGAACUUAUCUGUGAGAUAAAUUUGAUUGCGGAAGGAUUCCAAAAUGCAAGGUUACUUGCUAGAAAAUUCUUGACGCUAUAUUCACUUUGCAAAGAACUCCUAUCUAAACAAGAUCAUUACGAUUGGGGUCUAAGAGCUAUUAAAUCGUUAUUAGUUGUAGCCGGAUCGUUGAAGCGGGCAGAUAGAAAUCGUCCUGAAGAUGAAGUUUUAAUGCGAGCUCUUCGAGAUUUUAAUACUCCAAAAAUUGUGACUGAAGAUACUACUAUAUUUAUGGGACUUAUCGGUGAUUUGUUCCCUGCACUAGACGUGCCCCGAAAACGUGAUUUAGAAUUUGAAAAGCAAGUUCGUUAUGCUGCAAUUGACUUGAAACUCCAGCCAGAGGAUAAUUUCAUUCUUAAGGUAGUGCAACUAGUGGAGUUAUUAGAAGUUAGGCAUUCAGUUUUCAUAAUUGGCUUGGCCGGUACGGGCAAGUCGGAGGUGUGGAAAACUUUAUAUAGAACUUAUGCAAACCUGAAAUUUAAACCGUAUUUCAAUGACAUUGAACCGAAAGCAGUAACUAAUGAUGAGUUGUUUGGCGUCAUUAGUCCGACUACUAGAGAAUGGGUAGAUGGAUUAUUUUCGUGCUUGAUAAGAGAUCAAUCACAAAUGUCUGGUGAUGGAUCCAAAUGGAUGGUAAUGGACGGUGACAUAGAUCCUAUGUGGAUUGAGUCUUUAAACACAGUAAUGGAUGACAAUAAGGUGUUGACGUUGGCGAGUAAUGAACGAAUUGCCUUGACACCGACAAUGCGUCUACUGUUCGAGAUAUCCAAUUUGAGGUCAGCCACGCCAGCCACUGUUUCCCGGGCUGGUAUACUCUACUUAAACCCUACUGAUCUUGGCUGGAAUCCGUAUGUUGCUAGUUGGAUUGACACUAGAGAUAAUGCAACUGAAAAAGCCGCUCUUCUGGUACUGUUUGAGAAAUAUGUGCCCAUCUGUUUGGAAGCGCUAAAAACAAAAUUCAAAAUCAUAACACCCAUACCGGAAAUAACGCACAUACAAAUGUUGUGCACGUUACUCGAUUGUCUUCUGACUCCCAUAAAUUGUCCCCCGGAAACCACUAGGGAUGUGUAUGAAACGUAUUUUGUGUUCACUUGUCUUUGGGCUUUUGGUUCAGCAACAUUUCAAGAUCAGUUGAUGGAUUGGCGAGUUGAAUUUUCAAAAUGGUGGUUAACAGAGUUUAAAACGAUUAAAAUCCCAUCAUCAGGAAGUGUGUUCAAUUAUUACAUCGACCCUGAAUCAAAACAGUUUCUUCCUUGGUCAGAUCUUGUAUCAUCUUUCGAGCUUAAUCCAGAUAUACCUCUACAACAAACACUCGUAAACACAAUAGAAACAACAAGGAUAAGAUAUUUUCUCGACUUAUUGGUUGAUAAAAAAAAGGCAAUCAUGUUGGUUGGAGCCGCUGGUACUGGAAAAUCGGUCAUAAUUAAUGAUAAACUCAAAUCACUUUCUAAUGAUUUCUACGCCGUUGCAAAUGUACCGCUUAAUUUCUACACUACAUCUGAAAUGUUACAAAAGAUUUUGGAAAAACCAUUAGAGAAAAAAGCUGGAAGAAACUUUGGCCCACCUGGUGGUAAAACACUUAUUUAUUUUAUUGAUGAUAUAAACAUGCCAGAAGUCGAUUCUUAUGGAACCGUGCAACCUCAUACGCUCAUCAGACAAUUUAUGGAUUAUAAUCAUUGGUAUGACAGGACGAAGUUAUGUCUAAAAGAUAUUCAAAAUGUCAUGUUUGUUUCGAGUAUGAAUCCAACUGCUGGAAGUUUUACUAUUGAUUCUCGACUGCAGAGACAUUUUUAUGUAUUUGCUUUGGGAUUUCCAUCGCGUGAUGCAUUAUACACAAUUUACUCUUCGAUUUUGACUCAGCAUUUAAAAAACCCAGUAAAUAAAUUCAACGGUACUGUGUUAAAAUUAAGAGAUUUAAUUGUGCAGUUGGCGAUCAAUUUUCAUGAGAAAAUUAUUUCAGUAUUUCUGCCAACAGCCAUUAAGUUUCAUUAUAUAUUCAAUCUUAGAGACAUGAGCAAUGUUUUUCAAGGAAUCAUGUUCACCAAUGGUGAAUGUGUCUCAACAACUAGUUCUUUUAUUCGUCUUUGGCUUCACGAGACUAGUCGAAUUUAUAGCGACAAAUUAAUCGAAAAAAAAGAUCAAGAAACCUUUUCAAAAACAAUUACUGAACAAAUAAAGAAAACUUUUAGUAACUUAGUAAUUGAGGAUAUUCCAGAAAAUGAAUACUUGAUAAGCCCAUUGAUAUAUUCACAUUUCGCGGAUGGUAUUGGUGAUCAAAAGUAUAUGCCUGUGCGGUCGUGGCCCAUACUGCAAAAAUUACUAAACGAUGCAAUGAAGUCGUACAAUGAAUUUUUGGGGGCUAUUAAUUUAGUGCUAUUCGAAGAUGCGAUGUCACAUGUUUGCCGGAUAAAUCGUAUACUUGAACUUCCCAGAGGCAAUGCGUUGCUCGUUGGUGUGGGUGGAAGUGGUAAACAGUCGUUGGCUCGCUUAUCAGCGUUUAUAUCUUCGCUAGAACCGUUUCAAAUACAGUUGAGGUCUACAUAUGGCAUUGCCGAUUUGAAAGCCGACCUAGCCACCUUAUACAUAAAAGCUGGAUUAAAAAAUAUUGGCAUCAUGUUCUUGAUGACUGACUCUCAAGUGGCCGAUGAGAAGUUCCUUGUGCUCAUUAAUGACAUGCUAGCCAGUGGCGAGAUUCCAGAGCUGUUUGCCGAUGACGAAGUCGACAAUAUAAUUCAAACCAUCGCCCCAGAGGUUAAAGCAAAUGGUUUACCCGAAACUAAAGAGAACUGUUGGCAUUUUUUCAUCAACAAAGUGAGAUCAUUAAUCAAGAUUGUCUUGUGCUUUUCACCUGUCGGUAGCACAUUAAGAAUUCGAUCCAGACGAUUUCCAGCUCUAGUCACGUGCACUUCUAUCAACUGGUUCUAUGAAUGGCCUAAAGAGGCAUUAGAAUCCGUGUCGUUUAGGUUUUUAGGCGAUUUGAUCGAACUUCCAGUCAAACUAAGGAGACCUGUAUCCUUGUUUAUGUCCCAUGUACAUAGUUCAGUAAAUGAUAUGUCACUAAGGUAUUUAACAAAUGAUCGUCGUUACAAUUAUACAACGCCAAAAUCAUUUUUGGAACAAAUUAAUCUCUACAUGAAACUAUUAGUGUCAAAGACCAAUGAUAUUAAGUAUGGUAUCUACAGAUUUCAAAAUGGUAUAAAACAACUUUUAUCAUGCGCAGCUCAGGUUGAUAUUUUAAAAGUUGAAUUAGAUGUACAAGAGAUCGAAUUAACCAAGAAAAAUACUAAAGCUGAAGAGCUAAUCAAAGUGGUCCAAAAAGAAACAGAGAAAGUGAAGUAUGAAAAAUACAAAGCUGCUGAAGAAGAAGACAAAGUUAAAUUAAUUGAAGAAGAUGUUGGUUUGAAACAACGAUUGUGUGCCGAAGAUUUAGAAAAAGCAGAACCAGCGUUGGUAGCAGCACAAAGUGCUCUAGAUACAUUAAAUAAAAAUAAUUUAACAGAACUGAAAUCAUUUGGAUCACCUCCGUUAGCUGUAAUAAACGUAUUAUCGGGAGUUAUGGUAUUACAAGCUAAAAAAGGGAAAGUUCCGAAGGAUAGGAGCUGGAAAGCUUGCAAGGUAAUGAUGGCAAAAGUUGAUGGAUUUUUAGAUUCGCUUAUAAACUACGAUAAAGAACAUAUACACCCAGAUGUAGUUAAAGCAAUACAGCCUUAUCUAAAAGAUCCAGAAUUUGAUCCAGAUCUAAUCGCUGCAAAGUCUUCAGCUGCUGCUGGUUUAUGUAAAUGGGUAAUAAAUAUAAUGAAGUUUAAUGACGUUUGGCAAGUUGUGGAGCCAAAAAGAAAAGCUCGAGAUCAAGCAAAUGAAGAGCUGAGCGCUGCUAGAAAUAAACUUAUGGAGCUUAGAAAUAUGAUUAUUGAAUUGGAAAGGAAACAAAAAAUUUUAACAGACGAGUUUGAUGGCGCCGUAGCUGAAAAAACAAAUUGUCAAAAUCAAGCGGAUGAAACAUCUAUGAGGAUCGAUUUGGCAAACCGACUCGUCAAUGGUUUAGCAUCUGAAAAUGUCCGAUGGAAAGAAAGUGUUUCAACAUUGCAAAAAAGUUUGCAAACUUUACCCGGAGAUACCCUUAUGGUUUCUGCUUUUGUGUCAUAUGUAGGUUAUUUUACAAAAAUGUAUCGUCAAGAACUAAUUCAAAAUGCAUGGCUACCUUUUUUCAAGGAAGUUAAGCCCGAGAUACCAAUAACAGAUAAUUUAGAUCCACUAGCUUUGCUCACUGAUGAUGCACAAAUUGCAGCUUGGAAUAAUGAAGGUCUACCAAAUGAUAGGAUGUCAUCUGAAAAUGCAACAAUUUUAACUAAUUCUGUUAGAUGGCCAUUGAUGGUUGAUCCUCAGCUUCAAGGAAUUAAAUGGAUUAAAACUAAAUAUGGAAGAAGCUUAAGAAUUACUAGAUUGAAUUAUAAAGAUUAUUUAUCAGAUAUAGAGAUUUGUGUAAGAGAUGGAAACGUUUUAUUGAUCGAAAAUAUAGGUGAAAACAUAGACCCUGUUUUGGAUAAUAUUAUUGGUCGAAACUUGAUAAAAAAAGGAAGUGCUGUAAAAAUCGGUGAAAAAGAGAUUGAUUACAAUCCGAAUUUCCAUCUUAUAUUGCACACAAAAUUGUCAAAUCCACAUUACAAACCGGAAAUGCAAGCACAGACAACACUAAUCAACUUUACUGUGAACCGUGAUCAACUUGAAGAUCAAUUAUUAGCAGAAGUUGUGAAAGUUGAAAGACCUGAUUUAGAAAAAAUGAGAAUUGAUCUCACCAAACAACAAAAUAGUUUCAAAAUAACAUUGAAACAACUUGAAGAUGAUUUAUUACAGAGACUGUCUUCAGCUGAUGGUGAUCAGAUACUUGGUGACAAAGAACUCGUUUUGAACCUCGAAAAGUCUAAAAAAACGGCUACGGAAAUAGAAGUAAAAGUGGCCGAAGCGAAAAUAACAUCAAAAGAAAUUGACUCUGCCCGUGAAGAAUAUCGUAUUGCUGCAACACGAGCAUCAAUAGUUUAUUUUAUAAUGAAUGAUUUGAUAAAAAUAAAUCCAAUGUAUCAGUUCUCUCUAGAGGCUUUCAGUGUUGUCUUUCAACGUGCUAUGAGAGAUGCAGAAAAAGCAGACACAUUAAAUAAGCGAAUAGUCAAUUUGGUGGAUAAUAUAACUUAUCAAACAUUUAUUUAUACUAGUAGAGGAUUAUUUGAAAAGGAUAAGUUAAUAUUCAUCUGUCAAGUGACAAUUCAGGUACAACUUCAAGCAAAUAAAAUAAAACCGAUAGAGUUAGAAUAUUUGUUGAGAAGGCCAGCAAUUACUGGAUUAUCUAGUCCAUUUGAUUUCAUUUCAUCAAAUGUAUGGGGAGCUAUACGAUCACUUGUUUUAGCUGAUGAUGAAUAUGCAGGUCUAGACAAGGAUAUUGAAACUUCCGGUAAACGAUGGCAGUUAUACAUUGAUGGUGAAGCUCCAGAGAAAGAUAAACUGCCACAAGAAUGGAAAAACAAAACUCCGUUCCAGAGACUUUGCAUAAUAAGAGCUUUAAGAACUGAUCGAAUGACUUAUGCUACUAAAGUAUACGUCCAAGAAGUUCUUGGUCUAAAAUAUACCAAUUUUAGACCUCCAGAGUUCAUUGAUUCAUUCAAAGAAACUACUUGUAAAACACCUGUCUUUUUUAUAUUAUCAGCAGGAGUUGAUCCAACACGUGAUGUUGAAGCUGUUGGUAAAAAAAAAGGAUUUACAAUUGAAAAGAAGAACUUCCAUAACAUAUCUUUAGGGCAAGGACAAGAACAAGUGGCAGAAGAUGCUAUAGAGUUAAGUUCUCGGUUGGGUAAUUGGGUUAUGUUACAAAAUGUGCAUCUAGUACAAAAAUGGCUGCCUUCUUUGGAUAAAAAAAUGGAAGCAUCUUUUGAACAUCCACAUGUCAAUUAUAGAAUAUUCAUUAGUGCUGAACCCGCCGCUGACCCACUCUAUCAUAUUAUUCCUCAAGGUGUUUUAGAUUCUUCAAUAAAAAUUACUAACGAACCACCAACAGGAAUGAUGGCAAAUUUACAUAAAGCCUUAGAUAAUUUCAAUCAAGAUACACUUGAGAUGAGUUCUAAAGAAGCAGAAUUCAAAGCGAUUCUGUUUAGUUUGUGUUAUUUUCAUGCAUCUAUACAGGAAAGAUCGAAGUUUGGGGCUCAAGGAUGGAAUAGAUCAUAUCCAUUUAAUGUGGGUGAUUUAACGAUAUCGGUGAACGUAUUAUAUAACUACCUGGAAGCUAAUAAUAAGGUUCCUUGGGAGGACCUUAGAUAUCUUUUUGGAGAGAUCAUGUAUGGUGGACACAUUACCGAUGAUUGGGAUAGAAGGUUAUGUCGGACAUAUCUUGAAGUCUACAUGAAUCCAGAUCUAAUGGAAGGAGAUCUUUUAUUUGCACCGGGUUUUGUGGCACCACCAAAUACAGACUAUAAGUCAUAUCAUGAAUAUAUAGAUGACUUAUUGCCAUCAGAAAGUCCUAUACUGUACGGACUUCACUCAAACGCUGAAAUUGGCACACUUACUACAAGGUCUGAAAACUUAUUCCAAACUCUGUUGGAAAUGCAACCCAGAGAUGCUGGUUCAUCAAGUGGAACUGGCAUGUCAAGGGAUGAAAAAGUUAGACAAACUUUGGACGACGUUCUUGAUAAAGUUCCAGAACCGUUUAAUUUAAUAGAUCUGAUGAGUAAAGUCGAAGAACAAACUCCAUAUGUAAUCGUUUCAUUCCAAGAAUGUGAGCGUAUGAAUGGGUUAAUGAAUGAAAUUAGAAGGUCUUUAAAAGAGCUACAUUUGGGAUUAAAGGGUGAACUGACAAUAACAGCAGACAUGGAGGCGUUAGAAGAAUGUUUGUUUAUGGACAAAGUUCCGUCUAGCUGGGAAAAGCGUGCUUACCCAUCUUUAUUACCUUUAGCAACUUGGUAUGCAGAUUUGUUGAAGAGGCUACGUGAACUAGAAGCUUGGGUUAGCGAAUUUCAGCUUCCAUCGUCGGUAUGGUUGGGUGGAUUUUUCAACCCUCAAUCAUUUUUAACUGCUAUAAUGCAGUGCACUGCCCGAAAAAUGGGAUGGCCUUUAGAUAAGAUGUGCUUACAAUGUGAUGUAACAAAAAGAUACCAAGAAGAAAUCACGGUAGCACCCAGAGAAGGCGCCAUGAUUAAUGGAUUGAUAUUAGAAGGUGCUCGUUGGGACUUAACCACAGGUUGCAUUGUUGAAUCCACUCCGAAAGAUUUGUUUCCAAUAAUGCCGGUGAUACACGUUAAAGCUAUAAUCAAAGACAAACAAGAUUUGAGGAAUAUUUAUGAUUGCCCAGUUUACAAAAUCAAACUGAGAGGGCAAACAUACGUCUGGACGUUUAAUUUAAAAACGCGACAAAAACCAUCCAAAUGGAUUUUAGCUGGUGUAGCAAUACUACUUAGUGUAUAGUUGUUCACACAGAGCACCAAAUAUUUGUUAUUUUAAAUUUAAGUUAUGUUAAUAUUUAUAUUCUUCAAACAAUUUAAGUAGUUAUAUAUUUCGGGGGUUAAGAGUACUCUGUUGCCCGGAGCAGCAAAUUUUUGUCCAUCUAGGAGGACUGUAAAUUUAUAGAAACAUAUUGAUAUCCCUAUUAUUAUUCUGUACUAAAUGUAUUAAAAAAAAUUUUUAAAAAUA